AUGUCUUUCGUCGACGCCAUCGGAGUCAUCUCCGGUAUCCUGACCAUCGUGUCUUUUGCCUCCGAUAACUUCGGCUCUGGCGAGACCUCCGGAUCGACGUUCAAGGUUGCCGUUGCUCUGGACGGUCCCAAUGGUCCCACCGAUGCUGGUGGUGAUCUCCCCGACGUUCGCGUCUGGAACGACGUCGGCAAGUUCGUCGGUAUGACCGCCGACCCCGGUACCGUCAGCAACGGCAACCUGGGCGAGAUGUCGGUCGACCACGAGAACCAGGGCGUGUACUCGCUCUUCUCGGCCAACAACGACGCCAUCUGCGUGGCGUGGGUGACGACCACCUGGAGCGACGACCGCGGCGGCAAUCAGUACGCCGUGUCGGGCGACUACGGCGAGGCCUGCGGCGGCACCUGGUUCGAGAGCCACAUGUACCCCAACGCCGACGAGGAGUACCAGCCCAAGUGCUUUUGGAUCGACGGCGACGGCGACCAGCCCAAGACCGGCUUCCAGGUGCGCUGGCCCGCCUUCUCCAAGGACGAGUUCAGCGAAGACGACACCGACCCCAGCCGCCUGUGCAACGACAUCGACUUCGGCCUGCGCGACGAGGAGGACCCCAACUCCAUCAACUACUACACCGGCAGCAAGAAGAAGCGCAGCGACAACAAGCUGCGCGUGCGUCAGCCUCGCCGCCGUCCGCAGUGGGCUGACUCCGAGAUUGUCAUCAGCGACGCCAAGCAGCACUCGGCCAAGCGUCUGUGCCAGUCUGACACCUCGAUGGGCCCCGACUUUGCGCACACCGGCGAGGGACUCUUCUGCGACAUGGAGGCCAAGAUGCUGUAUGCCUUCUGCACGGGCAACGACAACGAGGCCUGCUUCGACCUCGACUCGCAGACCGUGGCGACCAAGAGCAACAGCACCAUCGGCGGCAACCUGCGACUGGCGACGACUGGCGGCAUGAAGGCCGGCCUCAACACUCCUUCUCUCGGGGGCGAUGCCGUCGGAGCGAAGAGCAAGUACUCCAGCACUCGCGACUGGCGCAGCCCCGCCAAGAAGGUCUAG